AUGGCUUCUCGUGCUGCGUCGUCUCGCCAAAUUCAAGAGCGACUUUCUUGUGCUGCCUCUCUCAGUCACAACAGAAGUCGCGUUUUCCUGCCUGCUCGAGGUGCCUUUGUCGCUCUCACGACUACUCCUGCAGCUUCAGAGGUGGUCUAUCGGGGAGGAGCAAGUGGUGCUGCUAGCUUUGCUGCGGGAGCUGAAGCGCAGCUCUCCGCUGCAGCUGCAGCCGCUGCUUCUCUCCCUUUCGACGUUGGGGGGAUGCUAGGAUCUGUCAUUGCAGGCUUCGUGGCUGACAAGUUUUGCUCUGCUUCUCGAGGAGCAGCACAAGCGUUCUACGCAACAACUCCCGCUGCAGCUGCAGCAAACGUUAGAAAGAACUCACCUCUUGGAGCAAGAACGGCAAAAAAAACAGCAGGAAGUUCAGCAACAUCAACAGCUACACGAAGCCGUGCAUCCAGACGCGGCUUUGCAGCAAGCGGUAAAAAGCGAAAAGCUGUACGAUGCCUCAACGCCAAAGACACAGCCAACAACUACCCACUUAGAAGAAGAAAAACAUUCACGCAUGCAAGGCUUCACGCAGGAACAAACAGUGUCAAGCACACAGCAGCCGCAGCUACUCAAUAA